AUGGUCGCAGCAACGUCCGCGGGCACGAAUGUGACCGCCCCCGGCCAACACAACCCUCUGAAGUUUUAUGGCAACUAUUACGGGCACAUUCUGUCCGAUCUGGAAGCUCUGCACCGACAUGUCGGCGAAAAGAGCGGCGAUCGGGGCCUCAUCUUCCUAGCAGGCGACUCGUCGCUGGACAACAAGCACUGGCUGUUUGUCGGGGACAAGACCAACCCAGGCCAAUUGACGAACGAUAAGGUCACAGCUGAUGCACCCCCUCCUUACAAAGAGUUCUUCCAACCGCCGCGGUGUGUUCAGGAUGUUGCUUACUGGCUUACCCGCAAGGCGGCAUCUGUGAGGGAAGGAAAAAGUAAAGUGGGGCCAUACGCAGCCAUCAAUUCCGCGUUGGAGGCAUCUACCCUCGCCGACCGGGACAAGCAUCUAACAGACCAUGACACUUUCGUCCGCGACCACAUUGCUUCCAACGACAUUCUCGUCGUGUCCGUCGCCGCCAACGACAUUGCCCUUCGACCCACGCGUGCCACAGUCUCCGCCCUAGGCACCGUCCUCUCCCUUCCAGAUUCCAGCAUAAAAGCCGCCACAGCAAGCACACCCGGCAUCGACUACUUCGUCGACAUGUUCAACCACAAGAUCGCAUCCUACAUAGCCAAACUCACCGCCAAACAAAAACCCAAAUCAGUCCUAGUCUGUAUGAUCUACUUUCCCGACGAAACCGUGACGGACAGUUGGGCCAACGGCGCGCUGGCGAUGCUGGGAUACAAUGACCGGCCGGGGAAGCUGCAGAUGGUUAUUGAAAAGGUGUAUGAGCUCGCCACGUGUAAGGUUGAUAUACCCGGCACGAAAGUCGUGCCCGUGCCGUUAUUUAGGGCGUUGGAUGGGAGGGUUACGGGGGAUUAUGAGAUGAGGGUUGAGCCGAGUGUUGUGGGGGGGAGCAAGAUUGCGGACUUGAUUUGGGAGGUGAUUGAGGGACAGGGGAAGGGGUCGCAUAUUUGA